CAUUCCCUCAAGAGUUACCUCCCUUAGCGGAAGCAGCAGUCUGUUGUGGAAGAGCAGUUUGUUAUGUCAUCAUCUGGACCAUGGCUUCUGUAAUUAGAAAGUCAACCCAUGUACUUACGUUGGCAAGCAGAGUAGUGAGCUGGUCAGUCCAACGUCAACAGAAUUUCCAACAAAAUCUGCGGACAGUGUCUGGAUCCAGCCUGAAAACAGCUAAUGAUGGAGAAAUUCUGAAACUCAGUGACAACUGUGUUAAGCAAUUAAAGAAGCUAAGUAAGAGUGAGGCGACAUGUUUGCGGGUGAUUGUUGAAGGAGGAGGCUGUUCUGGCUUCCAGUACAAAUUCCAGCUGGACUCCAACAUGGUUGAAGGGGAGGACAGGGUGUUUGAGCGAGAUGGUGUGCGGGUUGUUGUGGAUGAAGAUUCUAUGGAGUUUCUGACAGGCUCUACUGUGGACUACCAAGAGGAACUUAUCAGAUCUGCGUUCAGGAUAAUCAACAAUCCUAAGGCUGAGCAGGGCUGCUCCUGUGGGGCUUCCUUUGCCUUUAAGUUGUGAACUGUGAAACAGUGACGGACAAUACACAUGGCAUAUAUUGUGUCUGGGUUUUGUACCAUCACUCUUGCUUAAGGACCUGUGAAUCAUCAUUUGUUAUGAACAACGUAGGGUAUUCCAGGGAAGCCAUGAAUACCAUGUUAUACCCAAAACUAGAAACGUUUCUCAAUAGAUUGCAAGAGUUAUCAUGGCAUUUGAUUGACUAACCAAACAUUUUCUCUUGUGUUCGUUCCUGUAAACAGAAUAUUUAGGCCAUGUCAACCAAUGUUGUACUGUUUGGUUGAUAGGAGAAUGGUGGUGGCUUCUGAUGCAGUAUUGGACUGAGUGAUGGCACUGAUUUUCAUUGUUCAAUACAGUUUUUGUGUGUGUGAAUGAUUAAAUACGCAGAAUCUGAAAAUAUUCUUGUCAAGAUAUCUAUUUUUUUGUGAACUGAUUUCAGUCUAAAAUUAUAAAUGUAAAAACCAGUGAGCAUACUCUACUUCCAGGAUGUACAUAGUAUGCAGACUAGUGUUUAUAUUAUUCUGUAAAUGCUGAAACAUUGAAAUCAGUUCUCAGAUAUUGCAGAAUAAAGUAAAGAGAUAAUAAUUUUAUCACAUGGAUUUUGUAGGAAUUCUUUUUUCUAGUCGUUUGUGUUAUAGAAAUACAUUUAGUUUGUGUGGCUGCAACAUGUUGCUGGUCAUAUGUUUUGGUAGGUUGAGAGAGUCUGUUUUUUAUGGUGCUAUCAGCAAUAUUCCAGCAAUCUCACUGUGGUAUUGGUCAGUUGAAAAACUUGACAUCGACAUCACUGAAUGUGUGAAACAGGAUCUGUUAUAAAAUUAUGUACAGAA